AUGAUGCUGUCUCGUCGUGCAUGCUACAAGUGUGGUACUAUUGGCCACUAUGCUGAGGUCUGCUCUUCCACCGAGCGUCUCUGCUACAACUGCAAGCAGCCCGGCCACGAGUCCAGCGCCUGCCCUCUUCCCCGUACCACCGAGACCAAGCAGUGCUACAACUGCCAGGGUGUCGGUCACGUCCAGGCUGACUGCCCCACCCUCCGCCUGAACGGCGGAUCCAACGGCCGCUGCUACAACUGCAGCCAACCCGGCCACCUUGCCCGCAACUGCACCAAUCCCGCCGCCGCUACUGCCCCCGGCGCCGGAACCGGAGCUCCCACCGGCCCCGCCGCUACCCGCGGCGGCCGUGGUGGCUUCCAAGGCGGUUUCCGCGGUGGCUUCCAGGGCUACCCCCGCGCCGCGACCUGCUACAAGUGCGGCGGCCCCAACCACUUCGCCCGUGACUGCCAGGCUCAGGCCAUGAAGUGCUACGCCUGCGGCAAGCUCGGUCACAUCUCUCGCGACUGCACCGCUCCCAACGGCGGCCCGCUCAGCUCUGCUGGUAAGGUCUGUUACAAGUGUGCUCAGGCGGGCCACAUCUCCCGCGAGUGCCCCACCAACGAGGGUGCUCCCGUUCCUGCCCCGGCUGCCGUGGCUGUUGCCGCUGCCGAGACUGAGGACGCGCCCGUUGCUGCGCCUGUCCCUGUCGCUGCUGUGGCUGUUGAGGAGGCUGUGCCUGCUCCUGCCCCUGCUGCGGCUCCUACAACUGCUGCCGCAUAG